AUGCCCGAAUCACCCUUUGAUCCCGAUUUUGACGCUCUGGUCAGCAAGCUACUCGACGAGUGGAAAGUUCCGGGCUUGUCGAUUGCUGUGGUUCACGAAGAUAGAACCUAUUCAAAGGCCUACGGCAUAUCCGAGUUGCCGGACAAAAUGAUGACAACCGACACUCUAUUCCCAACAUGCAGCACCACCAAAGCAUUUGCCGCUUUGGCUACUUCAAUGGCCAUUCAAGAUAGCAAAGAUACAGAUAACCAAAUUGACUGGGGCACGCCAAUAUCUGCCAUAAUCCCAGAAGACUUCGUUCUUGCGGAUGAUUAUGCGACACAGCAUACGACACUCGAAGAUGCCCUAUCGCAUCGUUCUGGCCUCCCAGAUCAUGGAUGGAUGUUCACGUUCACGCCGAAUAACAUGGAUUCAAAAACCCUGGUUCGGUCUCUUAGACACCUACCUUUGACCGACUCACCCAGAACGGCUUACCAGUACUCUAAUCAAAUGUACGCCUCGGUGUCAUAUGCUCUGGAGCAGCUGACAGGCGAGGCACUGGGCUCGUUCAUGAAGAAACGGAUAUGGGAUCCCCUGGGUAUGCAUGAUACAUACUUCUCCACUCAAGAGGUCAAGGAUAAUCCUUCGACCGCGAGAAGGCUCGUCCAUGGAUAUACUUGGCUGGCCGAUGGAAAAGGCGGCUACUACUACCAUCUUCAAAAGGCACUGAGCUGGAUGCCCAAUAAAGGAGCUGGGGCCAUGGUCAGCACGGUUCUCGACUACACCCACUGGUUGCGCGCAUUGAUAGAAAAGAGUGGCCCAUUGAAGGGCCAUGACUCUUUGGUCAAACCGAGAAUCUUUCAUUUCGAGACAGGCGACGUCAAUCUGCCUUCCCCAUAUCAUGGCUAUGCCCUGGGGUGGUUCGUCGAUAACUACCGCGGCGAAAACUUUUAUUGGCAUACCGGCGGAUGGCCAGGGUUUAGUACCUAUGUCGGCUUUCUCCCAGAGAGGAAAUUUGGCGUCGUCAUUAUGGGCAACUCGGACCCUGCAAGACUUGCUUGCUUCCAGUUGGCUAUUUACUUGAUGGAUAGGUUAUUGGGUCCAGCGAGCCCGCACCAUACGGAGCAGAUGUCAGCCUGUGUGGCAAAGCAGCGUGAGGUGGUGAACGAGAUAUUUAAGCCGAUGGAUCUGGAAAAUACCAAGGAAAAGGUUUUUCCUAGUUUGCCCAAUCCUCCGAUCCCGCACUCUUUGCCAUUGGAGAGGUACACAGGAACGUACAGGCAUCCUACAAAUGCUUGGAUCACGCUCGAGCGCACUGAUGGCCAAUUGACUGCCAAUGUGUCUCAAGGAACGCUACCAUGUCAGCUAAGCUUUGCGCAUGCAAGCGGCGAAUUCUUCAUAGGACAGUCGAAAGUACUGAAUCUUGUUUCAUUAAAACCGUUUGCUGUGGAAUUCUACAUUGACUCUACGGGGCUAGUCACCAAAAUCGGGAUGCUUCUUGAACCGGCUAUGAAAGGAGAGAAAUUUUGGUUCGAGCGAAGCCUUUCAUAA